CUUCCUUUAAUUUUCCUAGCAUUUGCCGUUGCGAUGUGCUCUCCUUUUUGUUACAUAAAAACCUCUUUGUGCCCUCCGCAAUUUGUUUACUCCACAUUGAGGCAACCGCCACUCCCACCAGCACCGCUGCGGUCGCAAUGGAGUCGCCGGGAAGUUUCCUCGCCGUGAGGAAGAGAGCGAUGAAAGAGCUCCUCCGAGGCCAACGAUUCACAGAGGAGCUGCAACAUCUGCUGCGCACGCCGCCGGGCCAAGGCGGGCUGCCGGCGCCGUCCGCGGAAGACCUCGUUAAGAAAAUUUGUAGAUCGUUUUCGGAUUCGCUUUUGUUUCUGAGUUCUGGCGAGUCGGAGGAGGUGUCGCAGCAGGUCCCGAAGAACUACGCGUGCCUGGACUCGUCGAGCGCCGACGGCCGGAAAUACGAGGAGUCCGGCGAGAGCUGGAAGGGCUUGACAUUAAAAGAUCGGCGAGGGUGCUACAAGAGAAGGAAGAGCAGCACACAGACAUGGACAAAAACAAUUUCAACUCCGGUUGACGACGGUCAUGCAUGGAGAAAAUAUGGGCAGAAGGUUAUCCUCAAUGCCAAACACCCCAGGAAUUACUACAGGUGCACUCACAAGUUCGAUCAGGGGUGCCAAGCGACCAAACAGGUGCAGCAGAUAGAAGACAAUCCCUCAGUUUACCAAAUCACAUACAAUGGCCACCACACCUGCAAAAACCCUCACAAAACCCCUCAGAUUAUUUUGGACGCCACCACCAUCCCUCCUCCUUUCAAUGACUCCUCCGUUCUCCUCAGCUUUGACCAAUCCUCCAAUUCACAAAACGACCCUUCCUAUUCCUCUUACCAACCCUUCUUCCUCUCUUCCUUCUCCCAAACCCUAGUCAAGCAGGAGCACAAGGACCAUGACACCACCAUUACCAAACCCAUCACCACCACCACCACUACUACUACUACUACUACCAAUCAUGAUGAUGAUGACGACGAUCAUCAUCAUCAUCAUCACCAUGAUUUGUCCACCCACAUUAACCAGUCGGCGGACUACCUCCUGUCCCCGGACCUCGCUGCUUUCGGCUCCUCGGGGCUCCUCUCGUCGUCGGGCCACAACUCCGGGGUGAACUCCUGCACCACCAGCAGCCACAGCUUGGACAUGGACAUGGACAUGGACAUGAUGGUGGGAUCGGUUGAAUUCAGUACUGAUGAUGUACUGCAGUUUGAGUUUUAACUUUUGAGUGAUCAUUAAGCAGCUAGCUAGCUAGCAUCAGUGCAUGGAUAUGAUGUUGUUGUCCUUUAAAUUUCUUAGGUUAAUUUUGGUAUCUUUAAUUUGAUUUACCAAAUAUAUAUGUAUAUGUAUGUGUACACACACACAUAUAUAUAUAUAUAGUGUGUGUGUGUGUGUUAGGGCAGAAGGCAGGAAGGAAGAAAUGAAUUGGUACUGGGUCAAAUUGAGCUAGGCUAGCUCCUUGUACAAUAUGUGCAACAUCAAUGGAAAACGCUUUUUAAUUUUUCCA